AUGCAGAGACCGACGGGGCAGGGGGCCGCCUUCUCCAUUGACGCGCUGAUCGGGCACUCCCCGCCGGCUCCCCGCUCGGGCCCCCUGCUCUACACCGGCUACCCGAUGUUCAUGCCCUACCGGCCGCUGGUGCUGCCCCACGGGCCGCUGCAGACGGCCGCCGGCCUCCCGCCGCUGGCGCCGCUGGCCUCCUUCGCCGGACGCCUGACCAACUCCUUCUGCGCCAGCCUGGGCCAGGCCGUCCCGUCCAUGGUGGCCCUCACCACCGCCCUGCCCAGCUUCGGCGAGGCCCCCGACGGCUUCUACCCGCCGCAAGAGCUGCCCGCCGCCGCCGGCCGCAGCAGCACCGAGCCGCCCUGCCGCCGCCGGAGCGCCGCCGAAGCCCUGGAGACCGAGCAGCUGCCCGCCGGCCGAGACAAGAGCCCCCCGCAGCCGCCCCUCCACUUCCCGGAGCCCUUCCCCCACCUUCCGGCAGAGGGGAAGGCCUACAGCUCGGACGAGGAGAAGGCGGCCGAGGCGGCGGGCGGCAGCGAGCGCGACGACGACGACAGCUCGGCCGAGGCGGAGAGCGACGACGAGGCGGGCCCCGACGGGGCGGGCGGCGGCGGCGGCGGCGCGGCGGGCUCCCGGGCCAAGGCCCGGCGGGGCUCCGGCGGCGGCGAGGCGGGCGGCGGGGGGGCGUCGUCGGGGGGGGGCGCCGCGGGGGGCAAGAGCCGGCGCCGGCGCACGGCCUUCACGAGCGAGCAGCUGCUGGAGCUGGAGAAGGAGUUCCACUGCAAGAAGUACCUGUCGCUGACGGAGCGCUCGCAGAUCGCCGCCGCCCUCAAGCUGAGCGAGGUGCAGGUCAAGAUCUGGUUCCAGAACCGGCGCGCCAAGUGGAAGCGCAUCAAGGCCGGCAACGUGAGCGGCCGCGCCGGCGAGCCCGUCCGCAACCCCAAGAUCGUCGUGCCCAUCCCCGUCCACGUCAACCGCUUCGCCGUGCGCAGCCAGCACCAGCAGCUCGAGCAGGGCCAGCGGCCCUGA